AUGAUUAUCCGUAACGCAACUACCGAAGAUUUAAUCAAUAUGCAGAAUUGUAAUUUACUCUGUUUACCUGAGAAUUAUCAACUUAAAUACUAUUUUUACCAUGAAUUAUCUUGGCCACAGUUGUCCUACGUCGCUGAAGACGAUUCCGGCAAGAUUGUCGGUUAUGUUUUAGCGAAGAUACGAAGGCAUUUUUCGUUUAAAUUCACCGUGAAAUCGUUUUCAAAGGCUGUUCGUCGAACACAUCGUCGACUCGGUAUUGCACAAAAACUAAUGGAACAAGCGAGUCGAGCAAUGGUAGACAACUUCAACGCUAAAUACGUCUCUCUACAUGUACGUGUUGGCAAUCGCGCAGCUCUACAUCUUUACCAGAACGCUCUUGGCUUCGCCGUUCAUGAUCGGGAUCCUCGAUAUUAUGCCGAUGGAGAAGAUGCCUAUUCAAUGCGACGUGAUCUAACAUCGAUGAGAAUAUUACAAUAA